UGAAGAAAGAGCUCGAACACUCGAAGAGCCGGACAGGAACUAAUAUGUUGCUUAGCGAGGCUUGAAGAGGUCUGGCUCUAUCGAUUUUGCUGUAGCUGAGAUGACUCAUCCAUAUAGCACUACUUCUCUUCUUUCGCAUUCUUUGAGUGUACAAAAUGGGAAAUGUUUGCAAUAAUGAGCGACAGUCGUACGACCUCGAAAGUAGGAAGGCCUCACAAUCACAAACCGAACGACCCCAAGCAGAAGACAAAACAAAUGAAAACAAUGCUUUAAAACAAGCUGAACUUAAUGCAGAUAAGACCAAAUCACUUAAAAGAGUUCCCACAGUGACAAUAACACAUUGCGAAGACGAUGUGAUUGAUCCGGAGACGGGAGGUAAUACGUCGAGAACUGAAACUGAAAGUGAAAAUAGCUCUAGAACUAAAGUCAUGAGUUCAGAUGAAUUCAAGCCAGGUCACAUCAGUCAGCCAGCCGAGAACAAGGCCGGGCAUAGCGGUCAUGCAAGCACAAGCGAAAAAAUGGCGGCGAUGUCAGAGGAAGACGCUACUCAAGUAGUCAGAAGAUGUUGGGAGAAAAUCGAGGAAGGCUGUCAAGAUGAGAUGGCCGCCAGGCCGGGUAUCCACGCUGCAGGUUCUGGUGGGUGGAAGGUCGUGCGAUUGUUUGUCUCGUCCACGUUCACUGAUUAUCACGCAGAAAGAGAGCUUCUUGUCAAAAAGGUGUUUCCAGAGCUACGGGAAUGGUGUGAACAUCGCCGUGUUCAGCUUAUAGAAUGUGACCUGCGCUGGGGUGUGCCUAAGUACUCCAGCACUGAAAUGACAAUAAAGACUUGUCUAGGAGAGAUUGACAAAUGCAAGGAGGAGACCGACGGAGUUCCCUUCUUCCUUAAUAUGCUUGGAGAGAGAUAUGGAUGGAUGCCAGGUGAAUCGGAUGUUCCUAAUGAGAUCCAGAAAGGUUACGAUUGGGUCUUCCCCGCAUCCAUCACCCACAUGGAAAUACUGCAUGCAGCGUACAGAAACAAAAACCCUAAUGCUGCUUUCAUGAUCCGCGAUCCUGCAUUUUUGGAUGAAAUUCCUACUGAUAUGAAGGGAGCAUUUAUAGAUAAUAGUGUUCUCAGCAAGGCACAAUUACAGAUGCUGAAGGAGAAGCUUAGGUUGCGUUUCCCUGGACAGGUGUUUGACUACAACUGCGAGUAUACUGGCAUUGAUAAGUCCACAGGCAAACCAAAGGUUUGUCUGAGAGCGCUUGAUGAUUUCGGCAACAGAGUCCUGGAGUUUUUCAAAGCUGCCAUUGAAAUGACAUUCCCUGUUGUGGAGAAGGAACUAACCCUGGAACAAACUGAGGCUGCUGCCCAUGAUAGUUUUGUUAGAUCACGUGGUGCUUUGCUCCUGGGUCGCCAUAAUGAGGUCAAACAGGUCAUGGAAUACAUCACAAGAGAACACGAACCUCUUGGAAAUGAGGAGUCUGAUAGCAGGCCAAUAAUGCUUGUCCAGGGGGUCCCUGGGUCGGGCAAAUCGUCACUUGUGGCCUACUGCACAUUGGAGGCAAAGAAGCUCGAUUCUCUUCUGUUCUACCAUUUUGUUGGCUCAGGGCCCGGAUCUACAAGCCCAUUGAGGGUGGUUAACAGGCUCUUUGCAUGGCUCCGAGACAUUACACAUUAUACAGGGCACAAGGAUACCAACAAGGAACAUGAUGAUGAAAAUGAUGAUGAAGAUUUGUCAAUGGACCUUUUAAAGAAACACUUAAAAAAUGUCUUGAAUGAAGCUGGGAAAUUGAACAAGAAGGUUGUCAUUAUUAUCGAUGCCCUGAACCAGCUUGCAGAUGCUGAUCAUGGGUCGAGUCAUCUCGACUGGCUCCAGACCGGGUGUCCUUCUAAUGUUCGUGUAAUAGUGAGUGCAGUGGAGAGCAGUCGUUCAGUCCGCAUGUUGAUAAAUGAAGACCGCAAGCCCUGCCCUUGUGAAGUUUACAUUGAAGAGCUUGAUGAAACCUCGAGAAAAGAGAUGGUUCAACAUUUACUCGGCAUCUACAAUAAGAAACUGGAUCAAGAGCAGCUUGACAUGCUGGUGUCGAUGGAAGGGGCCGCCAACCCGUUGUGGCUAUCCCUGGCAUGCGAAGAGCUGCGAGUGUUUGGGGUGUUUGAGCGAGUCACAGAUCAUAUCAAAAGCCUGCCCGAGUAUCUCAAGGGACUUCUAGAGUUUAUUCUCAAGAGGUUCAUCGAUGAGGAUGAGUUCAGGAAUGUGGAAAAGGUUCUCAGCGUGUUGGGUUGUGCUGGAAGUGGGCUAGAUGAGCAAGAGCUACGAUGGAUCUUGAGUGAAGACCCGGAUCAACAACUACCCAUGAUGCAAUGGGCAGUUGUACGCCGCACUCUCAAGCCGUUUUUACGCAGAACAAACGAGUACAACCAAGAAGAGAGGGUGGACUUUUUCCACGCGUCUAUUAGCCAGAUUGCCAAAGACUCAUUGUUAGGUGAUGUCAAGCAAAAACAGGAAUGGCACAAGCGGAUCGCGGAUUACUUUCAGUACAAAAGUAAAAGCGAUUCUCGCGCAAGUGAAAUUAUUCCUGAUCAGUUAAAACAGGCAGGGGACAAGAAAAGACUGUUGGGUUUUCUGCGAAAUGACGUCAGGGCUCAACGGAGGAACAGCGUAUGGAAAAACCAGUAUUACAAGUUUCUUCUAUGCGGUCAGAUAAUCCCACAGUCCCCAGCGUUCAGUGAGGAGGUGACCCUCUGUCAUAUGUGUAGUAUGCAGCACAGAGGUCUUGGCCAGAUAGCGGGACUCAAUAAGGACUGCUGUGUUAUCUGUGGCGCACAUGUACCCUUCAAGCAGGACAAACACAUCGCCAUGCUCUGCCAAAAGCACAAGCCAUUUGUGGCUCCAGGUCACAAGAAGUGCUUCAUCUGUGAACGGCCUGCAUUUGGUAACACCCACAAGGGUUACACAUGCAUGGUUUGCACUUCUUACGGGAUCAAGAAGUGCAUCAAAUGUGUAGUCUGAGAAAUAAAUUAGAAUUAGAAUUUCUUGUCAAGUGAACUUUGGAUAAGGGCUUUAUGGGAUGUUACAUUUUUUCAAACAAAUCAUAAAAAAAUAACAGAAUAAUAGUGCUUUCAAGACCUUGAUUGAAAGGUAGCAACUAUGGUCUCGUUAACAUAUAUCUUGAUUCUUGAGUAUCCAGGAAUCAACUGUUGUAAAAUGCUAUUUGCAUUGUACCAUCAAGCCGUUCUAGAAACUAGGUGAAAAGAAAACAAAAGAAAGCCGACAAACAAAAACCCAUUAAAGGGGGAGACGUUGGGGGGGGGGGGGGGUCUAAUUACCGCAAUACUGCACAAAAUUUUCGAAAAUAUCACAUGCCGCACAGAAGGACGAGGUUUUGAAGAGCAUGCGCGACAUCCAGUUAACACCGCAACAUUUUUAACCGCAAUACCGCCGUUUAAAAAGCAAAAUCUCGCAUCUCGCAGUGUUUUGAAAUACCAUAUCACCGCAUGUUUUUGCUCUUUUACCGCAAUCUUGUACAAAGAAAGGGUCAAUACCGCAAAACCUAACGUCCCCCCCCUAUUAAAAUAUUGUGGUGUGCAGAAAUCCCUGCAAUACAUCAAGUAGGCCAUCAAGUCAGAAAACAAGUGGUGCAUCAUGGGUAACAAGUUGAAGUAAUGGCAAUGGAAUGGGAAUGAAAGUAAUGUAUGUAGGUAUUUAGAAAUACAAAAAUAAUAAAGGUUCUACACAUUUUAAAA